AUUACGCUCGCCAUGACUCGAAGUCUCUCAUUGUCAGCCAACGGAAACUUAGCUUGAACCAAGCUUAUCACAAAAAGCAUAUGCUCGUGAUACCCGUGUAUGAAGGCAGCGCUCUCCAGCAAUGGGUGACGGCAUACGCCACCCUUGGCAAUUAUCUACCAGGCGGCGUUUUGGGGCCUCGCAAUCUCCGCCCGCCCGGCACUCUGCAUCUGACCGUGGGGAUGAUGACCCUUGACACCAAAUCACGCGUCAAAGCGGCCUGUCGAUUCCUCGAGUCUCUCGAUCUCGACGCCAUCAGGCGCCUGGCGGAUCAAGAGGCCUUCAGACAACACGUCGGGUAUAUCCCCGCCGAGCCCUCGCAGCAAGACAAGCCUUGGGCAUCAUCCCCAGGUACCCGGCCCCGACCCCUCACGGUCUCCUUCGAGAGCCUGGUGGGCUUCCCUUCGCCUGAAGCAGCCCGUCACCUCUGCACGGUUCCUGUCGAUCCCACUCUCCGCCUUCACUACUUCUUAAUCUAUCUCCGCCGGAGCUUCCACCAAGCCGGCUUCUUCUGGGACGACCACAGCGACGAGGACGAGAUCUCGGCCUACCGGCUGGAAGACGAUCGGCCCCCUGCCGAGCCGUCGAGUGACGAGGAGCUGGCGGCGGAUUCCGCAGCGGCGGACGUGGUGGAAAUCGGCUCGGAUUCAUCCUCCUCCUCUUCCUCCGUGGUCAAGUCCUCUUCUUCGCAUGAGGAAUCACUGGAAGACGCCUCCUGGCUUUCCAACCCAAGCAACGCGCCCCCGCCCCUGCCCCCACCCAGCUACAAGCGAGGAUGGAAAAUUCACCAGAUUCAUACGACCGUGGCAAGCACGAGUUUCCGGGUGGGUGAUACUAUCAUACAACACUCGGUGGACGUACGGGGUCUCAUCGACCAUUUUCGGGACUAUUAUCUCGACGAAGAGAAGACGAUGCCGCGCUGCGAGCUAACCAUGGACGAGCAGUUCCGGUGGGAAUCGGAUGUCUUCCAUGAUUGUUCUAUGGAUAUGAUGGAGGAGGAGGUGGUGGAGGGAGAAGAUGGCUUCGAGGGUUGGCAUGUGGAAGAAUCGCCGAAGACUCCCUCGGAGGAACCCACAGCAAGCGCCCAGGGGACGUCUGGUCCUCCCGCCAAGCUCAAUUCAUUUGUCUGGGCCAAGAAUGUGCGUCUAGAAUCCCUUCAGCUCAGCCCAGGUGGAUUUUACGACCGGUGUGAUCAAUCCACUCCGGUUGGGAGAGCGCGGAAAAUGAUGCUCAAGGUUAUCGCGCAAAGAAGCUUGCUAUGAUGAUAUAAGAGAAAUUGUGGCCAGGAAGGGAAGGGCUUUUGUUGGAAAUGUGAGAGGGGGGGGGUUCUUUCAAUAUACGUACGGGUGCUUGUAUCCCCUUGUAUGUACAUUCUAGAGGUCCAUCUGAGAGGACAUACAUACCAUACUCAGCAGCUCUAGUUGCUGACCGGUCUCCUACAACCGAACACAG